GCCGAGGAAAACAUCGGCUUCGUGGUGUGAUCCCUUUGAUCUAUUAACCCAAAGAGGCGAAUAAGAAGGGCCUUCCUCGGACAUUUAUUUACAAUAUUCCAAACAUGACCGAGGAAACGAAAGAUUACAUUGAAUAUACAUUGGAAACAGACUCGGAACUGCGCUUCGAAAUAGAAGAUAAAGAUGCGAAAGUACAGGUGAUGCUAUUUUCUGGCUUUGCUGAGAUGUUCGGCACGGAAUUGGUAAAGAAGAAAAAAUAUAACUUCGGAUGUGGCGCCAAGGUGGCAAUAUUCACAUACCAAGGUUGUGUUUUACAUCUUUGGGGUAAAACGGAUGUCAGUUACAUAUCUAAGGAAACGCCAAUGGUCCAAUACCUGAAUUGUCAUGCAGCAUUGGAGCAGCUAAGAACUCAGGCCGAAGAAAAAGAUGAACGAGGACCUAUUGCAAUGGUUGUGGGGCCAACGGAUGUCGGAAAAAGUACUUUAUGUCGAAUUUUACUCAACUAUGCAGUGCGGUUAGGUCGUAGACCAUUGUAUGCUGAUACAGAUGUCGGCCAAGGCGCUCUUUCAAUACCAGGAACUAUUGGCACAAUAUUGGUUGAAAGACCGGCAAGCAUUGAAGACGGCCUAUCCAUGACAGCACCAUUGGUAUAUCAUUUUGGAUACAAGACUCCGUCGGGCAAUAAUACAUUAUACAAAGCGGUAGUUAGCAAAAUGGCAGAAGUGACUUUGGAGUCAAUGAAUGUUAACAAGAAGACAAAGCAUUCUGGAAUUAUUAUUAAUACCUGCGGUUGGGUAAAAGGUGACGGUUAUGCUAUUUUAGCACAUACAGCACAAGCGUUUGAGGUCAAUGCCGUCUUUGUACUCGAUCAAGAACGUUUAUACAAUGAACUUCUACGUGACAUGCCGUCAUUUGUGCGUGUGGUUCUGUUAAGCAAGAGCGGUGGAGUUGUAGAACGGAGUAAGGAACAAAGAGCUGAAGCCCGAGAUCAACGAAUAAAGGAAUAUUUUUAUGGUUCAAAAACUCCUUUUUACCCAUUUUCAUUUGAAGUGAAAUUCCAAGAUUUAAAAUUAUAUAAAAUUGGAGCUCCUCCCCUGCCGGAUUCUUGCAUGCCAAUUGGCAUGAAGGCCGAAGACAAUAAAACCAAAUUGGUGGCAGUAACACCAUCCUCUUCGCUUCUGCAUCAUAUUUUGGCUGUUAGCUUUGCCGAGUCCAACGAAGACGACGUCAUUGGCACAAAUGUGGCGGGAUUUGUUUGUGUGACGGAUGUUGAUAUGGAACGGCAAGCUAUUACAAUUCUGUCGCCCCAACCCCGCCCCUUACCAAACACACUGUUACUACUUUCGGAUUUACAAUUUAUGGAUAGCCAUGCUUAGUUUGUAGUAAUUCUAAAUAGUUUAUUAAAAAUUAAGUUAUUACUAAAGAAAUAUAGAGCUAAAAAUAAAAAAAUCUUUUUCACGCA